AUGAACCUGCCUUCCCCAGACGAUCAGCUGGACAUGCAUGGCCCCAGGGCCAAGCUGCCCUUUGAGCAGAUCCCUCCCCAGUCCCGCGCAGGCGUCAAGUCCUCGCAUGAAUCGGUUGAACAGGAUCGGGCCUUGAUUGGAUCCAACGGUAUCAUCACCAGUGGAGGGACCUCCUCGAACGAACCCUCAGCAACAGGGGACCUUCAGGCCUCCCUGGUCUCGCCUAGGCCCUCCUCUGUUACUUCUCUCUCGGGCCAAAAGAGACCAGACCACUGGGGAGGUGGUCCCCAAGACCCCUCUUCCUCCCCCUCCGCCUUCGGGGAGGGCGCUCUUGGAAAGGAGAAGGCACUCGAUCAAGAGGAGCAGCAGCAACACCUGCACCAGACGGACACCAACCAAUCGACGUCAUUGUGGUCUCGUUUCGCCUGGCCCUGGUCUCGAUCUGACCUUGACCAACAGCGCAGAACCAAUGGGGAUCAUCCUUCUUCUCUUCCCCAUCACACCACUUCCAACGUUACCCCCACUCCACAGAUGCACCAAAGGACAAACUCAUCAACCUCCAGCAACAGUCCCCAUGACAUUGCCCACAACCAGACCAGACCCCUGAACACCCAGGUCAACACCAACCCCCUGGGCUUUGGUACCUUUGCCGCUGCCUCCGCAACCGCCGACAGGGAUCAGCACCACCCCAAGCAGACUCGCUUCCAAAGCUUCUGCACUUCCUUCAAACGCUUCCUUGGCUUUGUCGGUCCUGGCUACAUUGUGAGUGUCGGAUACAUGGAUCCAGGCAACUGGGCGACAGAUCUGGCUGGAGGAUCCAGCUACGGAUACAUGCUGCUCUUUGUCAUUCUCAUGUCGAACCUGAUGGCCGUUGUCCUCCAGGGUCUCGCUGUCAAAUUGGGAGUUGUCUCUGGUCUGGAUUUGGCGCAGGCCUGUAGAAAGUUCACGCCCAAGUAUGUCAACUGGGUGCUGUAUGUGUUGGCGGAGCUGGCGAUUAUUGCAUGCGACUUGGCAGAAGUCAUUGGAAGUGCGAUCGCCCUCAACCUACUGUUCAAGAUCCCCCUCGCCUGGGGCGUUGUCAUCACUGCGGCGGACGUCCUGAUCAUCCUGCUUGCCUUUCGAGACGACCAGUCGGUCAAGUCGCGCAGAAUCUUUGAGGCGUUGGUCAUCAUCUUGGUCUCGUCCGUCGGCAUCUGCUUCACGGCUUUGAUUGUCUACUCGGAGCCUGUUGCCAAGGACGUGCUGAGAGGAUUCUUGCCAGAUACCAAGAUCCUGACUGAGACUGAGGCCUUGUUCUUGUCGAUCGGAAUCAUUGGAGCCACCGUCAUGCCUCACAACCUGUACCUGCAUUCGAGCAUUGUCAAGCUCAGGACCAGCCGCACGUUGACAGAGUUGGCGAGCAGCCAGGCAUCGAUGUCGUCGACCUCGGAUCUGAUGACGGUCGACCAGAGACAGGUCAUGGUCGACGAGGACAAGGGCUCGGUUUCGUUGAAGCACUCGACCAUUCGUUCAAUUCUGCGAUACACAUUCUGGGAUUCAACUGUGGCGUUGACCUUUGCGCUGUAUGUCAACUCUGCAAUUCUGAUUGUUGCCGCUGCGACGUUCAAGUACAAGUACCCCGACGUCGACAACACGGGCCUGGCGGAUUUCUUUUCGGCUUUUGAACUUCUUGGAGAAUACCUUGGUCGUGCUGCAGGAUAUCUCUUUGCGGUGGCGUUGUUGAUGGCUGGACAGUCUUCGACCUUGACGGCUACUUUGGCAGGACAGAUCAUCAUGGAGGGUUUCUUGGGUACUUCGUAUUUGAAGCCCUGGGUCCGUCGGUUGAUGACGCGUUGCUUGGCGAUCAUCCCUGCGCUCGCGAUUGUGUUGAUCAAGGGUCAGGAGGGACUGUCAAGUCUGCUGUUGGCCAGUCAGGUCGCAUUGAGUGUCCAGCUUCCUUUUGCGGUGAUCCCAUUGGUGGUCUUUACUAGUAUGGGCCGAUGCAUGACCAUCCCUGUUCAGGACAACUCGGACAAGCCUGGCGAUAUGAGCUACGGGCGCGGAUUCGGCAAGGAUAUCAAGGAGUCCUUGACCGAGGACGGCGGCAAUGCCCCCGCUUCGCCUGACGAGGAGUACCAUGUGCAGUCGAAUAAUGGAGUGGGAACUGGAGUCUUGUCGCCUUCGUCGACCAUGGUUGGAAAGCCAUUUGUUGGCACCGAUGCUGGUCAACAGCAGCAGCAGCCCCAGCUAUUGUUGCAUAACUUUGCCAAUGCUUGGUGGUUGAUAGGCAUUGCAGGACUUAUUAGUAUUGUCCUUUUGGGACUCAACUUUUACCUCCUCGUUCAGACCAUUCGUGGCGAGUAG